AUGUCCUCCUCAAGUAUUUCGCAGAAAAAAUUGGCUGAUAGUUUAUCUAUUGCCGAGAAACUGGAUGUUGUGCUAGCAUACACAAGUAUCUUAGGAAACACAUUUUUCAGUCUCCUGACUGGUAUAUGGCGUACGAGAAAUGAGAAGAGGGGAAGUUACAAAAGAUAUGUCCUUCUUACAGCUGUGAGGACUAUGUAUCAUGCAUACGAAACCGUCUGCAAACAGCGGGGUGUAGAACCCUUGAGCGAGACUUUGGAGGAUGGAACGCAGGCGCACUGGAUAGGCAAAAAAGGAGCGAAGAAAAUAAUUCUCAAUUUCCAUGGAGGUGGGUUUGCACUUCCUGCAAGCCCCGAAGCCGUCGAAUAUAUGUUUAGGCUUGUGGAUGGUGCGGAGAAUGAGGGAAAGAGUCUGGCGGUAUUGUUCCUAUCUUAUGCUGGCGACUCUGCAGGCGCAAAUCUUGUCCUCGCUCUGCUGUCUCACAUCAUGCAUGGCCAUCCAAAUGACAGUAUUCCUCGAGUUCGUCUCUCAAAACCACUGGAUGGAGCUGUGCUCUUAGCACCUUGGGUUACAUUUGCCACCGGCUCUCAAUCAUACGAGGCAAAUAAGUAUAAGGAUCUAAUUCACCCCACCUCUGUCAAAAUUUGGGCAGGCGAUUAUCAGGCUUCUGCUCCAUCAGAUAACUACAUUGAACCACUCUAUGCUUCCUCAUCAUGGUGGUCACGUCUUCCCACCGUCGUGUCAUCAAUUCUAAUCGUAGCUGGUGAAGACGAAGCCUUUGUCGACGAUGUGAAAGCCUUCGCAGACAACUUGCAAAAAGUAGGAACGGAAACAGAUGGUGUGGAAAUUGAGUUGUUCGUGGUGGAGAAUGAGUAUCAUGACCAACCUAAUUUUGGGUUUGGAGAGGAUUGUCUUGAAAAGAAGGGUAGUCAAGGGUGGGAGAUUGGAAAUUGGGUUUGGGCAAGAUGUUAG